AUGCGGUCUAGUAUCGCUUGCGCAAGAUGCCGACGCAGUAAGAUCAAGUGUGUCAAUUCCGGUAUCGACACUGUGUGUCGCGCCUGCGAUACCUCCAACCGAGAAUGUGUCUACCCAACCCCGGCAAUAGGAGUGAGCGGCGCCAAACGAGACCUGGCGGCCCUGGCAGAUGGAGAGGAUCGAAAUGGAGACUGGGACGGUCCGAAACGACAUCGUUCGCGCAAGGUGGUGGGCAUCUCUGGCUCGGCGGGUUCCAAAGUCGGUAUGGAUGUGUUGGAUUCUUCAAUACUUACCACCAAAGUCUGGGAGGCGGUGUUCGACCUCUUCCAGUCCCAUUUCGCGACCCUUCUACCUUUCCUACAUCCCGCAACCUUCCUCGGUCAGAUCCGACAACUCUCAUCCCCGGCUCCACCCGCAACUCUCGACGGUCAAGAUCCCCGAAAUUCUGCGACUAAAUCGGACUCUUCUUCCUCGCUGAUCCCUCUGGGGGUCCUCGCCCUGACGGCCCGUUUCCAUGCUCCGCUAGCUGCGGCUCACUCGCCCGCCUCCCCUGGACAUUCCUCGAACCCGCUUGCUGCGUCGGAAUACUAUGCGGCUGCCCUCCGUAGCCGGCUGGCCGGCUUGGAUGGCAUCAGCCUCGCUCAACCUGAUCUCGCGCGCGUGCAGGCCCUUUUGAUGCUCGCACUGCACGAAUGGGGCAUGUGCCGCGGCAAGAGCGCCUGGGUUUAUGUUGGCAUGGCUAUUCGAUUGGCACAGGCAAUGGGGCUAUCCUUUGAGCUUGAGAAUGAGUUCCCGGCCCGAGAUCCUUCCCGGUCUUCUCCUGGAUUCAAGACCGAAGCGGAUCACUUUGGUUUGCCGAGACGGGUAGAGCCUAGGGAACCUACCUCCGAUGAUAUUAUUGCACAAGAGACCAAGCGCCGGACGUUCUGGGCCUGCUUCAUUCUCGAUCGGUGCCUUAGUAGUGGAAAAUAUCGGCCCAGGAUGGUCCGAGUCAAGGACCUCGGGAUUCAGCUUCCGAGUGACAACGCCUUUGCAUUCGGAGAGCGGGUGCGGACGGCCCGUCUCACUGAGCCCGCUGUUCGGCGGCCACAGAGCUUCGGCUCGCAAAGCAUGCAGAUUCCUAGUAUCCGCCAAAGCAUUGGAGGCUUUGGGGAUGAAAAGCUUCCCGGUCCUAACGGCACCCCCGAUAACAAGCCAUGGUCGCCCAUUUCUCGCCGCAAGGACUCGAGCGAGGAAGAGGUAGACCGAUGGGAGGUUGGUGCUGAAGAAUCCGUACUCAGCCGUGUGAUUCGAAUCACUCGUAUCUGGGGAAGCAUUGCCAAGUGGUCUUGUGCUGGAGGUCGUCGGAUUGAGCAAUAUCCUCCAUGGCACCCAGAGUCUCGCUUCGCUUCCCUUCGUCUGCAGCUCAAUGAGUUCCAGGACAGCCUGUCUCGCAAUCUGCAGUACUCCUUGCGAAACACAGACACGCAUAUCAUGUAUAAGACCACGCUGGCUUCAUACACUGUGAUGCAUGUCGUUUACUUCCUCUCUGUCAUCGUUCUUCACCGUGCUUAUAUCCCCUUCCUUCCUCUUCGCUGCAAUGAGCCCAUCGGUCCCCUAGAUGAACCGUUGUUCCCGAAUGACAAAUCUAGCGGCUCACCCGACGGGUUCUGGCGUGAUAGUGCCCGUGAACUCUUCAAGGCUGCACGCCAAAUGAUUGACCUUGUGGCUACUUGCCAAUCCCGCGGUGCUCUUGUGGAAAACCCGUUGGUCGGCUUUGCUAUCUACAAUGCUGCCUUCAUCGGCGUAUAUGGCAACCACUUCCCGCACAUGGAUCCUGACGGUUUGAUGGGUGCUAAACCCCCUCCUGCUAGCCACGAUAGCCACCAGCUCGGCGCCGCACAGGCGCGCAAAGCUCUGGAUAUCAUGCGGGAAAUGCGGCCUCGUCUGAGGAUGGCCGUUGGUUGGUUCCGUACCCUCAAUCGACUUCACACUUACUUCUCCAAAGUUAAGCGUGAUUUCCGUCGGGUCUCCCGAAACCGACUGGACAGCAUGUCAGACGCUUCCGAACACCCACCCAAUGGCAUUCGUGCACUUCGCGACGGUGGAGUUGGCGGUGGUCUUGAAGAAUUCAAGCUUCUCGAGAAGCUUUUCCUCGACUUUGGAAGCAUCGAGGAUCAAUUGACAGAGCCUGGAAUGGAGGACGAUGGCAUCGCUGUGCCAGCGGCCGGCGAAUCGAUGUACGAGCGCAAUCUCAGUGACGCCGGCAGCAAUGCCGUUCGCAGCGAAACCGGUGAUCCCGGCGAUCAAAUGCUCGAUGGUGCCGGUGGCCGUCGCGAGUCAUGGGUGCCGGUCAACAGCCCCGGUAUGCCACUCGGACACGACGGCGAUCGUCGGCCCAGCCUGCCAUUGCCCAACAGUCGGCCCAUGCCGUCUGGUUCACCUUACUCUCUCCCAUCUCUCCAACAACACCACCCAGAUGGUCCCAUCUACACCACAUCUUCUCCAAGCCUCCCUUCCCUGUCUACAACCACUCAAUCUCCCUCUCAAUAUUUGACGGCUCCCCCUCCUCCAUACUCUCAAUCCCUUCCUCCUAUCAAUGCUGCCACCUCACACACCAUUCCUGUCCUCCCACCUCCAGGACCGGUCGCUCAACUUGCUCCUUCUCCGCCUUUGACCUCAACCGAGGGCCCAGACCCAAGCAUGCUCUCAACCAGUCUCGGCGGUGACGAUGUCCUCGCUUUCCUCGACGGAUGCGAGUGGUCUCAGCUGUCUGCGCUCGCGCCAUCUGAGAUCGGCAUUCCCGCAGGCUGGUUGAGCACAGUCUGGAGCCAAUUCGGUCGUUAG